GACUCGAGUUGCAGCUCCCGCAGCCCUAGCCUGUUGACGGUCUGCGUGAAGAGGAGGGUGCCCUCGGACGAGAACCUGGCCGAGCUGGUCCGCAGGCCACCUCAGGAGUGGGCCCCACUGCCCCGGUGGAUGCCGCCUUAUCACUACCCGCUCCGCCACGUCUACUAUCAUCAUGACCCCUACGCCUGGCUCCCGGACGAGGAAGAGCCUUGUAGGAUGGAGCGUGGGAGGACAUUGCGAGGAGGACCAGACUACGAUGGCUACCCUCCUCGGAGGUACAUGAGCUACAGUAGCGAGUACCUUCUUGGACGGCAUGAGCCCUGCCCUGCACACCCUCACCUGCCUCCCCCGCCACCACCUCCUCAGAUACCCACAGCACCUCACAGACCAAAGCACGUUAGUUUUGCACGAUCUCACACAAUGCAAUCCUUUGAAGACACCGUCAGUUUUGGUAGUGGAAGCUGUAUAACGUCUUGUAGCCAAGAGAGACUGAUUGAUGGAAAAAAGAUACCUGACACUCCAAAAGUUAUAGUGAUGGAGAAAGCCAAGAGGGCACCAAUGAAAACACAAGCCACUCAGACUGAAGUAUGCCUUGGCCGAAAACCAUUACCUCCAAAUUAUCUUUCACUGAGCCCGAGGACUGUUCAAAGGGUAAGAAUGGUAUCUCAAGGUGCUCAGACCAAUGGUGAUCGUGCAAUCAAUAGAAAAUUAAUGAAAAGUCUUUCAGAAGCUGCCAAAAUAGGGCAACAGCAACAAGUAGAUGUAACAUUGCACGAACCUCUUCAAAGAACUCAAUCAGAAGAGCCCAGAUCACCUUAUUUGCCAACUAGUCCAAAAGAAAUUUUUAUCAAUUUUGAACCACUAGAAAAGAAAGGGAAAAAAAAGUUAGCAAAAACCCUAUCGGAUGGAGAAAUACUAGAAGCUAAACAGAAAGAUGAAGGAGAACCUUGUACACUGUCUGAUGGAGAGUUACAGAAAAGUGGUCUAUCGGAAACAACACUUGAUAAUUUAGAUCUUGAAAUAACAAGUCCUCAGAAACAAAAAUUCUUGAUCUCAGCUGAUUCACAAGAGGAAGAAUUCCAUGAAAACCUGAUUUACCAAGAUAUGUUUCGUAAGUCAAGCCUGGAAAGUCCAGGUGAUGGAAAAGGUCUCCUAACGCCAGCCAGCCCUUCACCCUUUGCUUCAUGCGACUCUCUCAACACAAAGGAUCACUCUGAUGGCAUGUGGAAUGAGUCUCAAAUGACAGUUUUGCAUGCUGACUCAGAUAAUAAUGGAGCAGGCACCUGUAUGAGUGGUUCUGAUGUAAGCUCUUCUCUAACUCCAAGUGCUGCAUUGAAUUCAAUGACGCCUUCAACAAGACGAAAACAUUUACUCAUGAUGCAGCAUGCCCAGCGCUCAAGUAUGGACACAGAUGCACUUGAAUGUGAAGAAACUGCUUUCGAACCAGAAAUUCAAAUGAAGACAAAACAAGAGAAGAGCCCAUCCGUCCCAACAUUAGCAGUAACAAUUCCAAUUCAUGAUAUCACUCCAGAACCUUUAUCGAGGACUUCAAUGCAAAAAGAAAAAGAAAUGAAAAUGGAUAGACCUUUAUCCCCGGCACUAAGAGGUAAACGAAGAAGUCCUGGCACAAGAACUCCAGAAUCUGACUAUCACCAUUCAUCUUCCCAAACUCUCAGUAGCAAUGAAGCAUUUGCAAGAUCUGACUCUGGAAGGACAAAUACAGACAUGUCAGAAGCCUCGACGACCGAUGAUUAUGCCACUGCAACAGAAAACAAUUCAGAUGGCAGUGGUAGACCUCAACAGCAACAGCCAGGCACUGGAUCUUUUGAAAGCGGUUCUUCUUUGUAUAGUCUAACAAGGACAGAUGCCACCGAGGAGCAACAAGUAUGUAAUGGUCAGGUACCUUCUUCACCUCCACUUAUUGAAGAAGAGCUGGAGAAAGGGAGUGAAGAAAAAGGGCGAGAGGGUGAUGGAGAUACCUCAAGUCCUGAAAGCAGCACUUGCGGAAGUAAAUGGACAUCAGAUGAUAAAACAAAAGUGAAAAAGCGGUUCACACUGGAAUUGUCGACAAGCAUGGAACGACCAGAAAGUCAGAUUAAAUCUGCUAGGAGCCCAUGGCAGAAGAAGUCUAUUGUUACUCCUGUAGAAGUGGAAAAGGAGAAAGUCCGUAGCAGAAGUCCUGUUCCUGGGAAAAAAACUCCUAUACAGAUAAGCCGAGAGGUCACUCCAAUAACAGCAAGAAGUCCAGCUGAUACAAUGAGGAAAGAAGAUUGGUUGUCACAGAGGCUAACACCUGAGGAAAAGAAAGGAAAAUUAAACAACGGCAUUGGAGUUCAGGAUACAAGUGAUGAGUCUAGUGAGGAAUGCACUUGUGGAAAGAAUAAAAGAACUAGAGAAAACCAGAGACGGAAAACACCUCCAGUCAAAAGUCCGACAAUCCAUACCAGAAGGAAAAGUAUGCCAGGAGAGGAUCUGUCAAAGAGGCGAUGUUCUAUAUCAGCAGCUAAAUCACCAAGCCCACAAGAAGAUCAGGCAGUAGUUCCAGGUUCCAGACUGAGUCCAUAUACAGUCCACAGUCCUGGAGGUAGUCCAAGCAAACACCAUAGAGCUAAGGUUGUAACAAGCCCAGACUCUGCCAGACUUAAAGCAUUGAGUGCGGAAUCUUUGAGAUCGGUAAGCCCUGGCAGUGAUUCUGUGUUCUACAGUGAACCGAGUAGUAAUGCCACAGGAGAAACUGCUCCUUCCACAUGCUCUCAUUGUGGAAUGUUGUAUGAAACUCAGAUGGCAAAGGCUGCUGAGAAACCUGCAGAAACAAUAGUUCAGCCUCCUGCUGGUUUUGAGGAUUCUCCUAGGACUCCACAUCGAACAAGGUUGUAUAAGAAAGCAGAAAAAAGGUUUAGAUCAGAAGAAAGAAGACAUCGUAUGCAUGCAGAAGCUGCUAGAGCAAAAUCGGAAGAAAGAGCUAGAGAAGAAAGAAAAGAUAAGAUCCGUCCAUUAGCUCGAUCAACUGAUGCCAGUAUGGAGAAACUGCACUCAAGCAGCCUAGAUGAUGAUGAUGAGUGGACAGGCGUCCUUUCAGAGGCCUACAACACUGGUACUUGGGUUUACAUUGGUGCUGUAGAGGAACAACAAUUUUGGCAAAGGCCAGAGUCCAAAGCUGCAGAAGAAGAGGAGACUGAAGAGCAUCAGAAACUAAGGAAAGACUCUUCUGAUUCAACUCAAUCAGAAAAUGAAUUUAAGAGAAGGUACCAGGCAAUUGCUCAUAGGAUGGUUCACAGGAAAUCCAGUCUAGAAAUGUAUAAAAGACUUGCCUCCAAAUCGUUUGAAGCGGAUAAAAGGGUUUUAGUCAGGAGAGUGUCUGGAGAGUUUGGGUUUCGGAUUCACGGUUCCAAGCCUGUUGUGGUAUCUGCUAUUGAGAGUGGCACGCCAGCUGAAUCAUCUGGUUUAGAAGUUGGUGAUAUAAUUAUUAGUGUCAACAAUACUAAUGUGUUGGAUGCCACACAUUCAGAAGUUGUAAAACUUGCUCAUGCUGGAUCAGAUACACUUGAACUUGAAGUAGUUCGGACAUAUGAUAAGUUUUCAACAAAAGCUAGUGUACCUUCUCCAGUAAUAUGUGGCUGCCUUUAUAGAAUGUCCAUUAGCUCAUCUAAAUUAAAACCUGUUUGGGUUCUUAGAUAUUUCAUUCUGAAAGAAGACCACUGCUUAUACCAUUACAAGUCUGAUUUUGGAGGACAACCAUUAGGAGCAUUAAGGGUGACUGAUUAUAUGGUAUCUUUGACUUCUGAUCCAGAGAGACCUCACAGUUUCAAAAUUUCAAGGAAAGGUUGUUCAAGCGUACAUUUAGCAGCGUCAAGUGCAGCAGAGACAGAGCAGUGGGUUGCUGCAUUAACAGAAGCUAGUAAGCCCUUGGUUUAUCCUUGGAUGUCUGAAAAAUGUCUUAAAGCACCACCCACAAAAAUUCAUGAACCUGACUGCGUUGGAACACUAUCUACGCUUAUUCAUCAUCGUGGAAAGACGUGGAGGAGAAGAUUUUGUAUUUUGAAAGAUGCUUGUUUAUAUUUUUAUACUGACAUAAAUGCUGAAAAAGCUAUUGGAAUGGUAUGUCUCCAUGGCUACAGAGUUCAGAGUUUGACCUCUGCCUCAAGAAGAUUCUCGUUCGAACUUUUUCCUCCUGAACCAUCACUAUUACAUUUUUAUUUUUACACUGAUACAGAAUUAGAUAAAAAAAGGUGGCUGGCUGCUCUGGAGUACUCCAUUGAUCGGUGGAUUAAGGUUGGCUGAAAUUUGAAAAGAAACACACUGCCAUUUUCUAUUGUGAUUGAUACAAGUGGUCAUGAUUCAUU